AUGGUUAUGGCACCGACUGCGUGUUCACCCGCUGAAUCAGUAUGCAUGAUUAAACCUGCAUACGACAAACCCGACUACCUGAAUCUCCCGGUUAGUCAAGUCAGCAAUCAUGGAGGGGACGACCUCUCGCAAUCUAGGCUGGCUGCCAAGGAGCUUGUCUUGGACGUGCUGAAGAAGCGCGCCGCGGAAGUUGAUGUGGACCGCUGCGGUCCUGGUGAGGAGGAUGCGUUCUAUGUGGCAGACAUGGGCGAGGUCUACCGGCAGCAUCUUCGAUGGAAGAUGAACUUGGGUCGCGUCAAGCCAUUCUACGCGGUCAAGUGCAACCCCGACCCGGAGAUCCUUCGUCUCAUGGCUCAGCUUGGAAACGGCUUCGACUGCGCGUCCAAGUCCGAAAUCGAUCUGGCCCUUCAGACGGGCAUCGAUCCCAGCCGUAUCAUUUACGCGCAGCCCUGCAAGACCAAGUCCUACUUGCGCUACGCCGCCCAGAAGGGCGUCAAGCAGAUGACCUUUGACAAUGCCGACGAGCUGUACAAGAUCAAGGCCUGCUUUCCCGACGCUGAACUGUACCUCCGGAUCCUCACCGAUGACUCUACUAGUCUCUGCCGCUUGAGCAUGAAGUUUGGCGCGUCGCUCGAUGUGGCACGUCAGCUUCUGGAGCUCGCCCAUGAGCUGGAGCUCAAGGUCGUCGGCGUGAGUUUCCACGUCGGCUCGGGCGCCGAGGACCCGGCUGCGUUCUUCAAGGCCGUUCAGGAUGCUCGACUGGUCUUCGACCAGGCUACCGAGGUGGGCCACGAGCUGCACACCCUGGACGUGGGUGGGGGAUUUACUCAGGAAACAUUCGAGAAGUUCGCCGGGGUGUUGGGCGACGCUCUCGACUUGUAUUUCCCGCCCAACAUCCGCAUCAUCGCCGAGCCCGGUCGCUACUACGUCGCUAGUGCGUUCAGUCUGGCCGCCAAUGUCAUCGCUCGUCGCGAUGUGCGUGACCCGGAAGACCCGGCCAACGACGCUUUCAUGAUCUAUCUCAACGACGGCGUGUACGGCAACUUCUCCAACAUCAUCUUCGACCACCAGCACCCGGUGGCCCAGAUCUUGACCUGCGCGUCUGGCUCGGCCGCGAGCUCGCCGUCUGCUUCUCCGAACUCUGCGACUUCGGAGGGCAUUGCCUAUUCUAUCUGGGGACCGACCUGCGAUGGCAUCGAUGUCAUCACCCAGCGCAUCGAGCUGCCCGGUCUCCUGGAUGUGGGCGAUUGGCUGUACUUCGAGGACAUGGGCGCCUACACCAAAUGCAGCGCGACCCGCUUCAACGGCUUCUCUGACAACCACGAGGUGAUCUACAUCUCGAGCGAAGCCGGCGCCUCUGCUCUUCUCGAGUAUUAA